AUAGGGUUUAGUCAGACCUCUACAACCUCACCACUCUGGAUGGACCAACCUACAGGAAACUAACACAAGACUAACAAGGAACCAUUAGAUAACCUUUGAUAUUCUGUGACUUUCUGCGGGCAAGAUGAUGAUGUCAGUGAAAGGCAGUGUGUUCCUCCUGGGGCUCUACUUCACCACACAGAUCUCAGGGUUAGUGUUGCAGUCAGAGCCGGCAGUCAGUGGAGGGUUUGUCCAAACAGAGCUGGAGAAGACAGUGUCUCUGACCUGUCUUUCUGAGGGGGCGGGGCAUGAUCCCCAGGAGGCAGAGCUGGUGUGGCUGAGGAACAAUCAGCUGAUCAGCGUUGCAGCAGGCAACACCCAGGGCAGCAGCAGACUCUGUGUCACGCCUGUAACCCACAAAGACCACGGCGCCAUCUUUACCUGCCAGAUGAAGAACGAUUCCAGCGUCAACGCCUCAGUCCAGCUGGAGGUCACUUACGCCCCAUUGCACUCUGGGAUGGAGGAGGUGUCGGUGGAGCAGACUAGGGAGCUGGAAUUGUCAUGUGACGUCUUUGCCAACCCCCCUGUCUUGGUGUCAUGGCAACGGCACGGAGCCCCCAUUGACCUAUUAGAGGGCGGCUUCCUGCUGACCAAUGACGGCUGUAAGUCUCGUCUGAAGGUGGGCCAGGUGGACAGGGCAGCACACCAAGGUCCCUACAGCUGUGUGACGUCAUCGCCCAUCUACCCAAAUAGCACCAAAUCCUUCAAGGUCACCGUCACAGAUAAGACUGUUCAGUUCGAGACAGACCUGAUCUUCCCCAUGAUAGCAGGCCUGGUGGUGAUAGGCUGUACCACGUUGCUGGCCAUAGUCUCUCGCUGGAGGAGGAUCACACAGUGCUGCAAGUAGGAGGCUCUGAGCCCGCCACACCGCCGACCACAGCCAAUGAGAUCAGAGAAUAUGGCCCUGGAGCCCCUCCAUUGGAUAGAGGGAAACCAUGAGUGGUUCUUUACUGAUGAAUAGGUUUUGGGAUGUACUGUAUGUCUGAUUUCAUUAAUAUAAUCUAUUGGAUUUGUGAUGUGAAAAUAUUGUAUUUCUAAAUCAAAUUAAAGAGACACUCAGUCAUAUAUUUAA